AUGGCCUCACUCAAAGGCCCCGGAGAAGCCCAGAAGCACGAUGGGAGCGGUCUACGCAUCGCCAUUGUCCACGCGCGUUGGAAUACCACAAUAAUUGAGCCCCUCCUCGCCGGCGCAAAAGCCAAGCUGCUUGCCUCUGGCGUCAAGGAGUCCAACAUUGUCGUGCAAUCUGUUCCAGGCUCCUGGGAGCUCCCCAUUGCCUGUGCUAAGCUCUACUCCGCCUCCCAGAUCCAGUCCACGACCUCGUCCUCCCUCGGCGCGGGCGACCUGCUCAGCGGGAGCACGCCCGACCUCACGGCCAGCCAGAGCGCCCCCUCCUCCGGCCCCUUCGAUGCCAUCAUCGCCAUCGGCGUCCUGAUCAAGGGCGAGACUAUGCAUUUCGAGUACAUUGCCGAGUCCGUCUCGCAUGGCUUGAUGCGCAUACAGCUGGAUACCGGCGUUCCGUUGAUCUUCGGCCUGCUGACCGUCUUGAAUGAGGAGCAGGCUAAGGCUCGCGCUGGCAUUACCGGUGGCAGUCACAACCACGGUGAAGAUUGGGGUUUAGCGGCUGUGGAGUUGGGCGUUAAGAGGAAGGAGUGGGCUGCGGGGAAGAUUUUAUGA